AUGGGUGUUCAUGUUCCCAAAUUAUCCCUCUUAUUGAUCCUAAUCUCCAUCUUCCUCCCUCCAUCAACCACAGAUCAGAAAGACGAAUCAUGUUUAACCCAUCUAUUCGAAUCCUUUCAGGACCCCAUCGGAAACCUCCAUAACUGGACCAAACUCGCCUUCUCAAACCCCUGUUCCGAUUUCAAUUCCAACCUCGUCGGAGCCACCUGCAACAAUGGCCGAAUCUACAAGCUCUCCCUCCAGAACCUCUCUCUCCGUGGCUCCAUCUCACCUUACAUCUCCAACUGCACAAACCUACAAUCGCUAGACCUCUCCAACAACUCCCUCACCGGACCUCUCCCCGACGAAAUUCAGUACCUUGUCAACCUCGCCGUCCUCAACCUCUCCGCCAACCGCCUCUCCGGCGCCAUCCCACCUUCCCUUCCCAUGUGCUUUUAUCUCAAUGUCAUUGACCUCCACGAUAACAUUCUCACCGGCACAAUUCCGCCGCAGAUUGGAUCUUUGGUGAGGUUAUCUGUUUUCGACGUUUCUAACAACAAAUUAUCCGGGCCGAUUCCGGCGAGCUUGGGAAACAGAACGGGGAACUUGCCCCGAUUCAAUGUCAGCUCGUAUUAUGGUAACAAAGAUCUUUAUGGGUAUCCGUUGCCUCCGAUGAAGAGUAAAGGGUUGUCGGUGGUGGCGAUUGUGGGGAUCGGGUUGGGAAGUGGGCUGUUGAGCUUGGCACUGAGUUUUACGGUGGUGUGUGUUUGGUUGAGAGCGACGGAGCAGAAGACGGCUGCUGAACAGGAAGGGAAGAUUGUUUUACCUGAUUAUUAA